UCCUGCCAUAAAAUCCAACAGACGAAGAAGAAGGAAGGAAGCGGGAACAGCAUCAGCCUCGAUUUUACUGACUCCGUCUCCACGCUGGCUUGUCUGCUGAUUGAAAAAAUCCAACGCUUCAAAAAUGGCUGGAGAGAAAGAAAUAUGGCAGAAGAUUGGUGAAGGCUUUGUUCAGGCAUAUUACAACCAGUUUGACAAUACCAACAGGAUGGAGUUGGGUAACCUAUAUUCUCCUGAGGCCUGUUUGACGUGGGAAGGAGCACCUUUUCAAGGAAGAGAAGCCAUUGCUGCUAAACUAGCUGGGCUGCCAUUCAAGCGUAUUAAGCAUAUUAUCACAGAACAAGACUUCCAACCCACAAUAGACAGUUGUAUCCUCAUCAUGGUGUUUGGGCAGUUACAGGUCGAUGACGAUCCACCAAUGGCCUUUCAUCAGGUGUUUAUGCUCAAGUCCCAAAACUGUGCGUGGGCCUGCACAAAUGAUGUUUUCCGGUUGGGGAUACACAACAUACCAGUGUAACAGUCUAGAUAUCUUAGCUUUCACACAUUGACAUCCAGCUUUGAAUUCAUACCAUUGUCAUGCUGUCAUUAUAAAUGCUGGGAAUUAUAUUAAGUUCCUCCAUGUUUACAAUACAAAUGUAAGCAUGUCCUCCGUGCUAGAGAUGUCAUAUGUUAUAGUACAACACAUUCCUGUCCAAUAAACCUGUCUAUUAAUCUGAA